AUGGUGGACAAGGUUUUUAAGAAGACCAGCGGAAACGGACAGCUGACUCUGUUUCUGGGGAAGAGAGAUUAUAUCGAUCAUGUGGACAGUGUGGAAUCAGUUGAGGGAGUGCUGAAGAUCGACCCCUCAGAUCUGGGAGACAGAAAAGUGUGGGUUCAGCUGUGCUGUGCAUUCCGUUAUGGUACUGAUGAUCUGGACCUGAUUGGGAUGUACUUCAGGAAGGAUAUCUGGCUCACUCGCGUCCAGCUUUAUCCCGACGCCGGACACAAACCCAAACUCACCGACAUGCACAACACACUGCUGAAGAAAGCUGGAGAGCAGGCCCACGCCUUCGCCUUCGAUAUCCCCACUAACCUGCCGUGCUCGAUGACUCUCCAGCCCGGUCCUGAUGAUCAGGGGAAGAAGCCCUGCGGCGUGGACUUCGAGGUGAAAGCGAUUGUAGCGAAAGUACCUGAAGAUCCAGAUGAGAAAAUUGACAAGAAAGACACGUGCCGUCUGAUCAUCCGUAAGAUCCAGUUCGCUCCUGCCAACACGGGAUCAGGACAGAAAGCUGAAAUCUGUAAGAACUUCAUGAUGUCUGAUAAACCGGUUCACCUGGAGGCCUCCAUCGAGAAAGACAUUUAUUACCACGGAGAAUCCAUUCCUAUCAGAGUCAAAGUGAAGAACGAAACCAGCAAAACUGUGAACAAGAUUAAAAUCACCGUGGAUCAGACGACGGACGUGAUUCUUUAUUCUGCAGAUAAAUACACCAAAACGGUUGUGUCUGAGGAGUUUACCGAGACGGUGGAAGCUAAUUCCUCCUUUGAUAAAGUGUUGAGCAUCACACCGUCUCUGGCUCAGAAUAAAGAGAAACGAGGAAUCGCCGUGGACGGAAAACUGAAGUACGAGGACACCAACCUCGCGUCCACCACCAUUCUGAGAGCCGGAAUGGAACGAGAGGUUUUGGGGAUCAUGGUGUUUUAUAAAAUUAAAGUUAAUCUGAUGGUGUCCUCAGGAGGGUUGUUGGGAGGAUUAACUGCCAGUGACGUGGCGGUGGAGCUUCCUCUCACUCUCAUGAACCCCAAACCCUGA